AUGUCUGCCAACGAUAAUCCAGACCAGCUCGUCCUCUCCUCUGACAAUCUUCACCCUGCCAACCUUAUCCCCGAGCUGUGCGCCUCGUUCUACAGACUGGGUUGGGUCACUGGCACCGGUGGCGGCAUCUGCAUUCGAACAGGCGACAAAGUCUACAUCGCACCAUCGGGUGUACAAAAGGAGCGCAUACAGCCUUCGCAUAUAUUCGUCUUGCCUUAUCCGCAACCAUCACCACACGCAGAUCGCGUCUUCCUUCGACGACCUGCAUUGGAGCUCAAAGAGUCUGCAUGCACCCCGCUCUUCUGGAAUGCAUUUGAGCUGAGAGACGCAGGAAGUUGUGUCCACACACACUCGCAGAAUGCCGUCAUGGCCACUUUACUUUGGUCUGGAGAUGUCUUUCGGAUUUCGCAUCAGAUGAUCAAGGGCGUGCGUAUCUCAGGAACAGGUUCUGCUCUCUCAUAUCUCGACACACUGGAAGUUCCUAUCAUCGAAAACACUCCCAACGAAGAGGAUCUCAAGGACAGCAUGGCAGAAGCGAUGAAAGCCCACCCUAAUGCUGCUGGUGUUCUGGUGAGACGCCAUGGAGUGUACGUCUGGGGCAAAGACUGGGAGAAAGCUAAAACACAGACUGAGUGCCUCGACUACCUCUUUGAAAUUGGUGUAAAAAUGAAGCUGGCAGGAGUUCCAACCGUGCUGAACGCAUGAUUCAUAGUUAUUUCCGGAUCUCAUGGCUAUCAGGCGUGACUCGAUUUCGAUGGUUUUGGAGUAAAUCAAGGAUAGCGGAAAAAAUGUAUCAUACAGACUGCAAAGCGAAAAAGUAGAAGUGAUAUAAAUGUAUGCUGUAUUUCAAAAAUUAGAUCACUGCUCUAAACAGGCUCAUGCGUAUAUACGCAUGUAUGGGAAUAUUUAUCGAGAAAGCAUGUCUUUGCUGCUCAUCACCAUUGAAUUUUUUUUU